AAGGAGUGGGUGGAGGGGAUGUUGAAGUUACAUUACAGACGGAGCGAGAGAGGGGGAGAGAAAGACAACUGGGUUCCCACUUCUUCGUAGCGAGCUGAGCAUCCCGCCAAGGGCAGCUCAGGAGCUUCGCGGAAGGAAGGCAGGCAGGCAGGCAGGCAAGCCAGCCCGCUCGCCCACGCACGCACACCCGAGACCUCGUGGUGGUGCCAACCAGGAGAAGUCCGACGAGCACCCCGAAAGAGAGCGAGAGAAAGGGGGGGCUGUUCUUUUUUUUUUUUUAACAGCUCGCACGCGCCGAAAAGAGCUGGCGACCGAGUGUGCGCGUGCACCUGUGUGGAUAGUUUGGCUCUCCUUGGCGAGCUGAGGGGAGCCCGCUUCACCGGGACGGCGAGGAAGGAGCCAAACGAGAGAACCGACAACGGCGGGGGCCCCGGUGCCCCCUCCCACUUCUCCCUCUUUCUGCUUCUGAAGGGCACGUUUAUUUUUCGAAGGCUGGUAGACCUGGAAGAGCGUUGGCGUCCCACUUCUUUCUUUUUCCUCCCCCUGAGGGAGCGAACUUUAGGAGGGGGCGCCCUGUAAAGAAGCGGCCCCGUUUCCCGACCCGCAAUAACUUUUUCUGUCCCCCUCCCCACUUCUAAUCACUGGAAGGAUCUGGUAUAUUAUUUCCUCGCGUCCCGUCUUCCUCGGGAGAGCCGAAGACUGCGAAGAGGACUGGGCAGCCACUUAGGGGGAACUCCCCUCCUCUGGCCGAGGGACAAAGGCAGAGUCCUGCCUCGGCAGAGCAGCGACCAUGCCUCAGCUCUCUGGAGCCGGAGGAGGCGGCGGCGGCGAUCCGGAGCUCUGCGCCACCGACGAGAUGAUCCCUUUCAAAGACGAAGGCGACCCUCAGAAGGAGAAGAUUUUCGCGGAGAUCAGCCACCCCGAGGAAGAAGGAGACUUGGCCGACAUCAAGUCUUCGCUGGUGAACGAGUCGGAAACGAUCCCCGGCAGCGACGGGCAUGAGGUGUCCAGACAAGGUCAACCUCAGGAGUCUUACCAUGAGAAAGGCAGAGAGCAUUCUGAAGAAGGAAAACACUCAGAUGGUGGCUUAUACAAUAAAGGACCUUCUUACUCUGGCUAUUCUGGGUAUAUCAUGAUGCCAAAUAUGAAUAAUGAUCCAUAUAUGUCCAAUGGAUCUCUCUCUCCACCAAUUCCCAGAACAUCAAACAAAGUACCGGUGGUGCAGCCUUCCCAUGCAGUUCACCCUCUCACUCCACUUAUCACCUACAGUGACGAGCACUUCUCUCCAGGGACACAUCCUUCGCACCUUCCUUCAGAUGUCAACUCAAAACAAGGCAUGUCCAGGCAUCCUCCAGGUCCUGAUAUCCCCUCCUUCUACCCCCUAUCUCCUGGCAGUGUUGGGCAGAUAACUCCACCUCUUGGCUGGCAAGGUCAGCCUGUAUAUCCCAUGUCAAGUGGAUUCAGGCAGCCCUACCCAUCCUCACUUUCAGUCGACACUUCCAUGUCAAGGUUUUCACAUCAUAUGAUUCCUGGUCCCCCAGGACCCCACGCAACAGGAAUCCCUCAUCCAGCAAUUGUAACACCUCAAGUCAAACAAGAACACCCACACACAGAUAGCGACUUAAUGCACGUGAAGCCUCAGCAUGAACAGAGGAAAGAACAAGAGCCCAAAAGACCUCAUAUUAAGAAACCUCUGAAUGCUUUCAUGUUAUACAUGAAAGAGAUGAGAGCAAAUGUUGUAGCAGAGUGUACUCUGAAAGAAAGUGCAGCCAUCAACCAGAUCCUUGGCAGAAGGUGGCAUGCACUGUCCCGCGAAGAACAAGCUAAAUAUUAUGAACUAGCUCGGAAAGAAAGGCAGCUACACAUGCAGCUCUAUCCAGGCUGGUCUGCAAGGGACAACUAUGGAAAGAAAAAGAAGAGAAAGAGAGAGAAGCUACAAGAGUCAACAUCAGGUGGGAAGAGAAAUGCUUUCUCCACGUGCAAAGCGAAGGCAGCGACACCAGGGCCCCUCCUUGAAAUGGAAGCUUGUUAAUCUCCAGGCAUAUCCUUCAUCUGCACAGACCACCACUAAGGAGCAUGUCUAGGAUGUCCAAACUCACCCUGAUGUCACUGCUGCAAAGACACUGAACCAUAAAGACAAUCACUGCCAGGCCCCUUUUGCUAUCAUGGUGUUCUAAAUCUGAUACAGUAAGAGAGAGCCAGAAGAGCAUUUCAGACCUUCCCCAGUCAGCAGAGUUGCUUUUAAUCUUCACUCCGCCUUACACUCCUACAUUUUGUAUCUCAUAUGUUGUCAGUACUGAGUCAGCAACAACAUAGUUGGGCUGUGUUUGUUUUGCUUCAGCCAACAGAACAAUGUAAUCCAGCCGCAACUCCCAUCCUGGCCCUUCACACCGAAGGAACAAAAUUAAUUUGUUAAGGAAGGCACAAUUUUAAGUUUAUUUAAUGGUGCGAAAGGAUCAAUCUUGGAUUUUGAGCUUCUAAAAUGAAAACUUGAAUGCUUUUAUAUUUUAGUUAUUUCCUUGGUGUACAUUUUUAUUGUCUUUGAGCUUUUAAAGAUGCAUUGAAAUCCACAACCAUCCUUUUUAAAAAAAAGUAAAAUAAAAGGAAAUUCCCACCCACCCAGAGGAGAGGAACAAACUAUUUAGAAAACUGUGGCUUUUUUGUUGUUGUUUUGUUUUGUUUUGGAUAACCAUUUGUAACAGAUAAGAAUCCCUCAUUGUAUACGUGUGCUAGUUAAUACUAAACAUAACACUCAGCUAGUCACUAGCCAUGUCGAUCUAUUCCACUUACUCUGUAUGUGUAAUGGCAACAUACUUCAUCAGAUCUGACUGCAGUGAGCUCUCCUACUCACCUAUCCUGAAUUUCCUUGUAAGAAAAAAAAGCCCAGCACUUGAAUUAUUAUUACUUCAAUUGUUCUGUAUUUGUAUGUUUUUGUUAGCCUGUUUAGUGGGAUUUUAUGCCAGUUGUUGAAAUGAUCAUUGAUGUACCCAUUUUUUAAAAAUAGUUAAGGCACAGCCUUUGCCAAAAAUUGUCAACUGAUAUAUAUUUUGUCAUUCCAGUUUGAGUUAAUGUGCUGAGCAUUUUUUGUUUUGUUUUUUAAAUAAAAGCUUUGUAAUAAAACUACAAAAUACUUCUUAACUGGCUAAAAUGAGUUAUUUGAUUCAAAAUGUAUAUACUUUGAUCUUUAAGAGCAAAAUAAUAUUGGAUCGUGCAUGUAGUGUUCAUCACUUAUACUGUAUAUGUUUCUAGCCUGUGUGUACACUCCAGCUGCAGUUUGUUUUUAACUGACACCAACAGAAUGGAAAGUAGUUGUGACUCAGAUUGCAAUUUUGCACAUAUGAAAGAGGAGAGACACACACACCCCACCCCAACAUUAAUGGAUCUAAGGAUGAGAUCAGGCUGCACGUUUCUUUGGGUGUGUGUGUAUGCAUUAUGCUAAGCCACGGAUAUAUUUUUAUAUGCUUUGUUCCUUAGGCCACAAAUUAUCCUGGGAAACCAUUCAAU